AUGCACUCGCCCCCGGGAACACCCCCGCCUCAUGGCACGCUUGAGGUCGACGUCACCGCUCAACGUGACAAUGAACGUCAGGCUCAACUCCAACACAGCAGCAGCAAUCUCCUCUCCGAAGUAUGGGUGGCGGCGUCAGACAAGGAUGCGAAUGCGCCGCAACUCGUAAUGGACGGAAGUUUGCCCAUCCCAAAGGUUGCGGAUGAGAGUGCACCGCAGGUCAUCGACACGGACACUUUGCCAGAAGCCAUCAUCAUCGAGGACCAACGAAGGCCGCCGCCACGUCGCAUCUGCGGACUGAAAAAGCGCACUCGUUGGAUCCUCGUUGCUGUUUCAGUGGCGGCAAUCGUUGCCAUUGCCGUCGGUGCUGGAGUCGGGGCUUCGCGAUCCAAUUCCAAUUCCGGCGACGACUCGGCAGAUGGCGACAUGAGUCUUCUCUCAACCUCGAAUCUCGCGGCCGCAAACUUCACCACAGACGGCGUCGACUUCCACUGCGUUUACUACCAGCUGGAAUCAAAGCAGAUUUACCUGUCUGUUUGGAACUCGUCUAGUGAUGUCUGGGCUGCUUAUCCCGUCGUGCUGGAUAGAAGUGACGUGUUGAAAAACACGCCCAUAGCUGUUGACAUCCAACGGAAGAGUGACAACGUGCAUAGACAUCACGUCUUCUACUAUGGCGCAGACAAGACGAUUCGCGGAAAGGCAGCCGAUACUCCUUAUGCAGCGAGUUGGGAUGACAACAACGGCUUCGACGCAGAAAAGUACAGUGGAGACGUCAGUUCGCUCACUUCAUACUCGAAGGAGUGUGAGACAUGCUACGCUGCAAUUUCCAUCGUCUAUUACGAUGGGAGCCUGCAGUGGACAAGUCCGAAGGCCGACGACAGUGGCCAAACAGCCUGGACUCAGACUACUUUGCCAUCAGGACUACCCAAGCCUGCAGACGGCACACGGCUGGCAUUGAAGCCUCUGUACAACGGCACCACCGGAAAUGGAAAAUUCAUCGCCAUGUUCAUGACCACCAACGCCAAGAAGCUGGCGAAACUGCUCUACAAUGGGCCACAGGACAGGUGGGAGGGUGAGACCUUGGACGUCAGCCUCUCGGCCAAUUCCGCCAUCGCCGCCUUCACAGCUGGCACAUUUGUCAACGGCAGCGACUCCAAGUCCAACUAUACCAUGCAGGUCUUCAACACGCAUCCCGGCGAGGCGAGUGGAGGCGUGACGCUUUCUUCGUACUCGUCUAGCUCUUCUACCUGGAAUUCUUCAUUGUUGGAGUCUGGCUUUGAAAAGGUUCUGAACAGCUCUGGAAUCGCUGCGAGUCAGGCAGGGCAAGUGUACGGCACUGUGCUGUCUGACGGCGGAAGACCGCAGUUGAUUGAGUGGGUGUGGGACAUGGGGAACGGUACUUACACCUUGACAGGUGCGGUAAACACGACCGUCGCCGAGUAG